ACUUAAAACAGGCAACACUGAUUACAAUUCCUUGAUUGUCUGAAUGUUAGGAUUAUGUUUGAUUUGUCCUGGAUAUAAAUAGUUAUCAUAAUGUUUCAGACAGCAUUAUUAAACCUGGAAAAAUAAAUAAUUGAAAUUGUAGUCAAGAUGAAUGAGAGGGAUAUUCCAAGUGUCCCUAUUACAACAUUAGCAGGAGUAGCCAGUUUGACUGACUUAUUACCAGUGCUUCCAUUACCAACACCUCUACCAUCAACACUGAAUAAUAAGUCUCAGCUAUUUCAUCCUCGUGUUGCCGAAGAAGCAGCCAUACUGCUUGCAACUCGCGAUGAUAACUUGGUUUCCUUGUUAUUACAGUCGCUUAUGCAGACAUCUGUGCAACAUAUAGAUUUAAAGGAUGAAAGUAUACCAAACGCAGUCAGCCCUGCCCCUCAGCAAUCUACACCUGAACUAUUGAAGGCAAUCUUACAUGUAAAUCCCAAUGUAUUUGAUCAACAGCAAAGAAACCAUUGGGGUAACCAUUUACAUACAUCCAAGUUCAAUGGGAUGUCACCAUCUUCCACAUAUAAUUACACAUCGCACAAUGCAGUCCAUUCAAGUCCCUCACCACACGGACACAUCGCAGCACAUCAUCAUCAGCCGGCUUCCAUUCCCAAUCAGGAACUAUUAGCUACCCCAUGCCAAUCCUCACCUCACGUCAAUAUGGGGUCACCCCCCUCACAAGCCAGGCCAGGAAACCAAAUAAACAUUACCGCCCAGAACAAUGUUUCUCCUCCCUGGAAUAACACUAACCAGUCCAACGUAUACACAAGUGCCCUGUCAACUACAUCUUGUUCCAAUCCUCAGAAUGGUGGAUUUUAUAGUUUAGUUCAAGACAAUAGAAACUUUGGAACAAGUAUACCUGAGGAAAAAGACCCACUAUCUAUGUCACCAACAAGUUUGAAUGAUCAACAAAAACAACAUAUUAUGCAGUCACAAGAAAAAGUUUAUGAACAAGAUGGCAAUGUGGUAACCGGUCAAUCACCAGCUCAAGCGAGUGUAGCUCCUUCUCCCCUGCGUCAAGAGCCGCAAGUGCCGCAGCCCAGCAUGGGCGCUCCGUACGCUCCUCCACCUGUCCUCCAAAACACUAAUCAGGAGAAACAAGAUCCUAGUAAAAGUACAACAGCUGUGAAUAACAGAUAUCCAGUUGUUAAAUUGGGACGCCUUUCUGAGGGUAUUUUGAAAAAACACGAGGCAUCAAACGAUGAUAGGGCAAGGAAGAACAGCACAGCUGAAUCUGAUUCAGAUGACAAUCUGCCACUAAAGUCAAAAUCAAAUAAUUCUGUGCCACCUGUAGACAAGGAGAAAGAAGCAAUAGAUAUAGCAAGAGAAAAGAACUGGGAAGCAGUGAAAAGAAAACAUGAGGAAGCUAGUAAAAAAGAAGAAUCUGAAGCUACUAUUGUUCGUCCCAAGUUAAGAAAAGUCGAAAGAAGAAUGGUACCAGUAUUGGAAAUGUUAACAGUUGAUGAACUGAUGGAGACAAAUACGUAUCAGCGGUUUAACAAAUUAAUUGAAUCGGUAUUUGAAACAAUCGACGACGAAAUUAUAAUAACAGAUGAAAUGGAAGGGACAGAUAUUCCCGAAGAAAUGUUGUUGCCUCGCUAUCAACUCCAGGAGCUAUGUUCAGAAGCAGCAAAGUUGAAAAACCUUGGUGCUAUGGAAGCCAUUCCAGCUGAUAAAUUAGUUCGAUUGCUCAAUAUAUUGGAGAAGAAUAUAAGGGCAGCCGAAAAAAUGUCUCUUGUUGGAGAUCCAGAGGACAGUGAAGAAAUGCGGCAGAUUUGGAUAGAGUCGUCAUUGGAACGAGUUAUGUGUGCAUCAGAUGCGUGUCUGACUGCUUUGUAUAUAAUGACCUCCCCUAGUAUGCCGAAACGCAUAUUUUUAGAAGAUGUAAUAGAUAGAAUCAUUAUGUUUAUAAAGUUCCAACUUAACAAUACCAUAUACUGUGUAUAUGAUCCAGUGUACAGUAUCCAGAGCACUUCAAAAAAGAAAGUGGACGGUCGCAAGCGGCGCGGCGGAGGCGCGGGGCAGGCCAGCAAGCGCCACGGCAGCUCGACGCGCGCCGUGCGCGAGCUGUACACGCACGCGCACGAGUGCGUCACGCUGCUCGCCGAGCUGUUCGCCGCGCACCACCUCACCGACACCACCGUGCUGCACGCCUCCACCGUGGGUGUGUCGCCUUUCUUCGUGGAGAACAUCAGCGAGCUGCAGCUGUCCGCCCUCAAGCUCGUCACCACGAUUUUUACAAAAUACGAGCAACAUCGGCGACUGUUGUUAGAGGAUAUUUUAGCGUCGAUAGCACGAAUACCUAGUUCAAAACACAACUUAAGGUCAUUUCAACUGAGUUCGAACCAACACAUUCAAAUGUUAACUGCGCUCGUCCUCCAACUCGUGCAGUGCGUGGUGACGCUACCGGAGACUCUCUGCAAGUCGCAAGACAAGGAUAAAGUCAAAGACCACGUUGAACCGGAGAGCAAAAAACAUAUAGAUAAAGAUCUGUUAAUUAUAUCUAAGUAUGAAGCAGCGAUCAGUGUAGGCGGAACAUUUCUGACGUCAUUCCUCAAUAAGUGCAGAAGUCGGUCUGAGGAGGUGGACUUCAGACCUCUGUUUGAGAAUUUUGUACAUGAUCUGUUGACUACAGUAAACAAACCGGAGUGGCCGGCCACUGAAUUGCUGCUGAGUUUACUUGGGACAAUGCUGGUAAAAUAUAUGUCUGACAAGUCAAUGGAGAUGUCUGUGCGCGUGGCGUCCUUGGAGUACUUGGGGCUGGUGGCGUCGCGCCUGCGCAGGGACAGCGUCACCUCGCGCGCCAAGCUCGCCACCAUGGACGCCGUGGUGCGCGACAUUCGCGCCGAGGAGGAGAAGGACGGCUGCCAGCCGCAGUCCAUCACGUGCGGCCUGGACGAGGAUGAAGAGAGAACAGAAUUCCUUCAAAGAGUUUUACUCGACUACCUGGCUAUCAAUGGACAGAAGGACCAGGCAUGGAACUGCGCGAGGCAUUUCUACAUCACGCAGUGGUAUAGGGAUAUGGCAGUGCAGCCGAAAAGUUCUUCGCCCACCAAGAGGCCGAAGAAUAAGGGUAAGAGGAAACAAAAGGACGAGAGUAGCGAAGAGGAAUCCGAAGUCGACGACGAUAGCGACAGUGGAAUAAAAGAGUCGAAGUCGGACAGAAAACAAGCUUCUAGUGCGAUCAUGUCGGCCGAAAGAUUCAAGACUAUAGAGCGGCGGAAACAUUUUUUCCUCGAAAAAAUUAGACCAUUCCGAUAUAAAGGAGGAACGCAAGUGCAAGUGAUGCAAUCGUACAUAGACUACGGCGGGGCGGAGUUAAUCUCGCAAUACUUAGCGUCAAAGAGGUCGUUCUCGCAGAGUUUCGAUAGGUAUCUACGGAAAAUCUUAGUUAUUCUGUGUGAAAAUACGAUAGCUAUACGAACGAAGGCCAUGAAAUGCUUGACGAUGAUCGUGGAGGCGGACCCCGCGGUGCUGGCGCGGCCCGACAUGCAGAUCGGCGUCAACCGCUCCUUCCUCGACCAGUCCACGGCCGUGCGCGAAGCGGCCGUGGACCUGGUGGGCAAGUUCGUGCUCAGCCGCCCCGACCUUAUCGACAAGUACUACGGCAUGCUCUCCAACCGGAUAUUGGACACUGGUGUAUCAGUGAGGAAAAGAGUGAUCAAAAUAUUGAAAGACAUUUGUAUAGAGUGCCCAGAGUUCCCAAAAAUACCGGAAAUUUGUGUAAAAAUGAUAAGAAGAGUGAACGACGAAGAAGGUAUUAGGAAGUUAGUCAUGGAGGUUUUUCAAAAUAUGUGGUUUAGCCCUUGUUCGAAUUCUUCGAGACACGGGGCUCUGGACAUCACUGCGGCGACGGCCGACCCGCUCACGAGGAAGGUCCUGAACAUCACGGACGUCGUCGUGUCCUCGAGGGACAUGGGGCUGGAAUGGUUUCAGCAACUGCUGAUGAGUUUGUUUAAACCUAAAGAAGAUAAGGAAGAUUCCACAAAAAUUAUUUAUCAACCCCCUAAAUCUCUAUUGGUUGCUUGCCAACAAAUCGUUGACUGCCUUAUUGAACAUUUACUCCAGUUGGAAGAAACCAAUACAGAUGGUACAGGAUCAUCACAACGUAUUUUGGCAUGCCUCGCCACAUUACAUUUGUUUGCAAAAAUUAGGCCACAGUUGCUAGUUAAUCAUGCAUUGACACUGCAACCAUACCUCAGUUUAAAAUGUCAAAAUCAAUAUGAGCAACAAAUAAUGUCGACGGUGGCGUUGACGCUGGAGCUGGUGGUGCCGCUGAUGGAGCACCCCAGCGAGGUGUUCCUGGCGCAGCUGGAGGAGGACGCCGUGAAGCUCAUCCUGCAGCGCGGCCAACUCGUCAUCGCCGCCUGCAUCGCCUGCCUCGCCGCCAUCGUCAACAAGCUCACGCACAACUACAAACUCAUUAGGGACGUCUUCAACAAGUACCACGGCAUACUACUGCAAUGGAAACACAGUUGGCAGCACAAUCCUGAUAAAACACGAGCAUUGCACACGAGGCCUCAUUUUCGGAGAUCGCUUUUCAUUGUAGGCCUUUUAUUAAGAUAUUUUGAUUUCACCGAUAGCAAAGUAAUUGAAGGAUUAGCGAGUGAUAUAAAAGAGCAAGUGUACAUGACGUUAAUGUUUUUUGUGGGGUUGGAAGACGAGGAUUUUGUGUCGCACACGCUCAAAGCUCUGGGCUCGGUGUGCGUCAGGCAUUACGAGUUCAUGUUACGGCCAGAGCUCAAAGAGUUUUACCACCAACUGCUCACAUCGGAACUGGCGCCCAUAGAAAUGAAGGCUGACGUCCUUAGGAAUAUAGAAAUGUACUUACAAGAAGAGGAACAAAGAAUGAUUAGACAAGAUAGUGAAUGGUCAAAGCGAUCAAAACACGAAAACUUAAAGGAGAUGGGUGACGUUUCUUCGGGAAUGGCAUCUACAGUGAUUCAGUUGUACCUGAAAGAGAUCCUGGGCUCCUUCCUUCACCACAGCACGGUCGUGCGCUCGAGCGCGAUGAAAGUGGUGCAGCUUGUAUUGGCCCAAGGUCUCGUCCAUCCUGUACAGAUUGUUCCAUAUUUAAUAAGUAUGAGCACUGACACAGAAGUGUCGGUGUCGCACACGGCCGACAAACAUCUCCAAGAAAUAGAUAAGAAAUAUCCAGGGUUCAUUCAUAUGAAAGCGCAACUCGGAAUUAAGCUGUCCUACCAGUUGCAGAAGAUUUUACAAAGUAGUAAAAAGGGACUUAUCAGAGGGUUUCGGAAAAAGGACCAAGAUGACUUGCCAACUGCCCUCAACGGUUUUUUAUAUUCUUUGCUACGUAAUACAAGGCCGCAGAGGCGGGCUUUAGUUUUAUCAUUACUGAAGCAAUUUGAUGAUGUCUCUACCGCCCCGCUGGAUCAAAUGUUGUACCUGGCUGAUAAUUUAAGUUAUUUUCCAUAUCAAGUUCAAGAUGAACCCCUUUUUAUAAUUCACCAUAUUGAUAUUAUAAUUUCAACGUCGGGAUCAAAUUUACUGCAGCUUUUUCGUGAGGGUCUAAUAAAAACGGGAAACGAAGAGAAGGAGCCUCUAGACGAGGAAGAGGACGAGGAGGAGGCGGACGCGCUGGAGGCGCGCCUGCCGCCGCACACGCGCCCGCUGCGCGACGCCAUGCGCCAGGCGCGCGGCUGUCUGCUGCUGCUCGUGCUCAAGCAGCACCUCAAGCAGCUCUACGGCUUCACUGACGCAAAAAUAAAUCAGUAUUCACCGUCGGAGAGCGUCAAGGUGUACGAGAAAGCCGUGUCGCGGCGACACGCGCCCAUCUUCGAGCCCAAAGCGACCAUCGCGCAGCUGCAGCACGCCGACGACGACGAGGAGCUCGACGAGCGCGGCCGUCGGCGACUCGUCGAAGAUUACCUCGAGUUCAAACAAUUGAUGUUAAAAUUCGACCCCGAAGAGGAGGAGGACGAAGAGACCCCGGGCGCCGGGACGAGCGCGGGCGCGGCGGCGGCGGCGGGCGCGGCGCCGAGUGCGGGGGCGGGAGCGGGCGCGGGCGCAGGUGCGGGCGCGGCCGCGGGCGCCACCUAGCCGCCGCCGCGCGCCGCGCCCGCCGCCCGCGCGCGCGAUGGACUAUAAUGUGUCAGUGUGACGUGCAGCGACCGCUCGCCCGCGCCCGACCUCUCCGCCCGGCGCGUACCGUUCCGUUUGAGGAAGAUCAUUUUAUUUUAUACGUCGAUUUAAUUUAUUAUUCUCGGCUCCGGCCCGCGAUUGGCGUCCCGGAGACUACCGUCGAUCUUUGAUUCUUAUUUGAGAAACUCGAUUUUGUUUUAUAUAAAAACUCUUGUGUAGAUAAUUUUUAUGACGAAUAUAAAGUAUAUGUAUCAAUACCGACUUGAAUCUUUCAAAAGCGUUCUUUCCGGAUAGGGCUCCGGAGUUACCCGCGUUCGGGAUCGCCGAAGUGACGAGUCGUAGUAGGUCAAUUGUUUUGUGCGAAUCUGUCACGAUUGCGAGAUAUAAAGUGCAUAAUUUUUAUACGUAUUGGCGUCUUUGUAAUAUAGAAUAAAAGAUAUAUGUUGAUAUGGAGGGUACUGCAAUAAAACUGCAUUUCAAAUAAUAAUAAUAAGAAGAUAGAUUUAUAUUUUCUUUUAUAUUUCUACCCCACGCAUAUUCGUUCAUUACAAAUAUCGGAGCAGAAAAGAAACUCAAAUGCGGAGAAACCCCCUGUAUUUUAAAAAUACGUUCUUUAAUUAAUGUUUGUUUAUUCCAAUGUUCUAAAUAUUUUUUUAAAUAAACACUAGGUAUAAUUUAUUUAUUUCAAAAUUGUUUACAAAUAAUACAAAUCCACCAUAAGACUAGGAAAAUAGUUAAGUGAUUAAACAAUUUUGUUAUUAAAAUCUA